AUGUUUCCAACACCAAAUCUUGAUCACAUAACUUCGAAUGAUUAUGAGAAUGUGUAUGAACCAGCAGAGGACACUUUUUUAUUUCUUGAUGCCCUUGAGAAAGAUAUCGAAUUUCUCAAGAACAAUAUAAAUCCUUGUAUAUGUUUAGAAAUUGGUUCAGGUACAGGGUGUGUGUCGACGUUCCUUGGUCAAUUGCUUGGUAAUGGAACUACACUUUUAUUAUGUACAGAUAUAAAUCCUUAUGCUACGGCAAUCACUGUUAAAACAGCUAUUCACAAUUCGAUUCAUUUAGAUGCCAUAACAACCAACCUAACCUCGGGUCUUCUACCAAGAUUAUAUCAUAAUGUUGAUAUUUUAUGCUUUAAUCCACCGUAUGUUGUCACAUCUUCUGAAGAUGUAAAUUCAACAAAUCUUAUUGAAAGAGCAUGGGCUGGAGGAAUUGAUGGAAGAGAAGUAAUCGAUAAAAUGUUACCAUUGGUUAACGAUUUAUUAUCAAGCAAUGGUGUGUUUUAUCUCUUAGUAAUUAGUGAUAAUAAACCAGAUGAAAUAUGUGACAGAAUGUGGAAUGAUUAUAAGUUUCAAUCCAAGAUUUUAGCAUCACGACUGGCAGGAAGAGAAAAACAACUUAUCUUGAAGUUUUGGAGAAAUCAAUCAUAA